ACCCUUACUUCAUUUUCCACUUCAUUGAUUCAUUCCCCAAAAUGUAAAACAUAUAUACUCAACUAACAGUCAAUAAAUAGCAGACUCCCAAAGGCUUAAUUUCUUUCAGAAUCCAAAAGCCUUGAUCUAACACCAGAAAAACAUGGAGAGCUCUUCCGGUGAAUCCAAAAUUGCCAACGCCAAGACAAUUGUAUCUGCAGCUGCAUCUUUUGCGGCCACGGUGAUGUUAGUUCGAUCAAUAGCACAAGAAUUCUUGCCAUAUGAAAUCAAAGACUAUUUCUUCUUCGGCAUCCGAAAAAUCUUCAACCGAUUCUCGUCCACACUCACUGUGGUCAUUGACGAAUUCAAUGGCCUUGUUUACAACCAAAUCUAUGAGGCUGCAGAGAUCUACUUAGGCAGCAAAAUAUCUCCCUCUUCACAAAGAUUCAAAGUGAGCAAGCCUGAGAAAGAAAACAAGUUCGUUGUCACCAUGGAACGUAAUGAAGAAAUGGUUGACAUCUAUAAUGGUGUCAAGUUCAAUUGGGUUUUGGUCUGCAAACAAGUAGAAUCAGCGAGGCAUUUUCACAACCCUCGAGAUAUCAACUCCACAUUAAAAUCAGAAGUGCGUUCUUUCGAGCUCAGCUUUUCCAAGAAACACAAAGAAAUGGUACUUAACUCUUACUUACCUCACAUUGUUAAGGAAGCAAAGUCCUUGAAACAAGAACGGAAGACAAUAAAACUCUUUACUGUUGACUAUGAGAGCAUGUAUGGCAACUUGGCGGAUUCUUGGAGGGCUGUGAAUCUUGAUCACCCUGCAACUUUUGAAACGUUGGCUAUGGAUACCGACCAAAAGAAUGCAAUCUUGCAAGAUCUUCAGAGGUUCCUGAGCAGGAAAGAUCAUUACAGGAAAGUAGGGAAAGCUUGGAAGAGAGGGUACUUGUUGUACGGUCCACCAGGGACAGGCAAAUCGAGCCUGAUUGCUGCAAUGGCUAAUUACUUGAAUUUUGAUGUUUAUGACUUGGAAUUGAGUGAUGUACGAUGCAACUCGGAACUCAGGAGACUGCUCGUGGCUACUGGGAACCGGUCCAUAUUGGUGGUAGAAGACAUAGAUUGCACCAUUGAGUUACAAGAUCGGAUGACCGUGGCUCGUGCUUCACGUUUUAACGAUUAUCCUCCUCAAAAACAGGUCACACUGUCAGGAUUGCUCAAUUUCAUUGAUGGGUUGUGGUCAAGCUGUGGAGAUGAGAGGAUUAUUGUGUUCACUACCAACCAUAAAGAUAAACUGGACCCGGCACUCUUGCGUCCAGGGCGCAUGGAUAUGCACAUUCACAUGUCCUAUUGCACUCCCUGUGGAUUCAGAAUUCUUGCAUCAAAUUACCUCGGAAUUAAAGAGCAUGCAUUGUUUGGAGAGAUUGAGGAGGCAAUUAGAACAACAGAAGUGACCCCAGCUGAAGUGGCAGAGCAGCUGCUUAGGAAUGAAGAUCUUGAAACUGUGCUCGAAGACCUCAUUGAAUUCCUCAAGGUGAAAAAGAUAGAAAAUCAGGAAGCAAAGGCCAUUAAGAGUCAAGCAGAAGCAGUAUCAAACAAAGAAGCGCAAAGCAUAGAAGCUGAAAGGGUCGUACAAAAGGAAGAUGAUGAUGACGAAAAGAAAACCACAAAAUAGAAGCCUAUUCUAAUAAACGGACAUAUAAUGCUAUUAUUUGAGAUGGAUAGUGCUUGUUUCCUUGCACUCAAUGGUUAAACUCCAUCUGAUUUCUAGUUAAAGUAAAAUUCCAAUCUCAAGCCCUUGUUACCAUUAAGUAUCACAAAUAUUACAAGUUUUACAAGUUAAAUUAGCUCAUACCUUCUAUGUGACGCUUUUAUUCCGUACGUAGUGUUUUCUAUAUCUUUCAAUAUUGAAUUUUCAAUCCAUCUAAACAAAAUUUGAUGAGAAAGGAACAAAAUGGUGGAUUUUGACCUCCAUUUUUAGAUAAAAGCCACUAGGCAAACUUGAUUUGUUAUUUUUCAACAUAGAUGAGAGAAUCUGUAGUCUGUGGUCAAGCUGUGGGGAUGAGAUAAUCAUCCUGUUCACAACCAACUAUAAGGAUCGGCUUUGCCCUGCUCUGCGGCACCUUGGUUGAAUGGACCUGUACAUCCACAUGUCGUAUUUCAUCCCCCAUAGAUUCAGGCUCUUCGCUUCUAAUUAUCUGGACAUCGGCAGCAAAGACAACCCUUUCUUCAGAGAAAUUGAUGGCUUAUUAGAGAGCACAGAGGCAACCCUGGCAGAGGUAGCGGAGGAAUUGAUGAAAAAUGAUGAUGCCAACGUUGUUCUAUAAGGUCUUGUUAAAUUCCUUAAACGGCAGAAGAAUGAAGCCAAUGGAAUCAAGAAUAAAGCCACAGAUUGCGGUGAAGUUCAUUCCUCCAUCACAAGACUGAAUGUAAUAGUAUCAAGAACUAAGAGAUUGAAAUCCAAUGGUGACUAGUGAUGGCAAUGCCCAGGUUAAGAUGGGUUUUUAUUCAUUUUGAUUUUGAUUCGAUUUUAUAAAAUAUAUUUUUGAUUUUGAUCCGAUUCAUUGUAGUAAAAUAUUAGACUCUAAUAAAAUUUUUUUUUACCAUUAAAUAUAAUUUCCAUGGAGAAAAAUAUGUUGAAUUGCAAAACAUACUUUGUUAAGAACCCUUUUUUAGAGUUAUUAUGUUGUUAUUAAGUAUGUUGUUUGUUUGAAGAUAUGAUUAUCAAAAGAGCCCUUAAUUUAUAAUCGUAGAAUUAGAAGUCCCUUGCAGUCGUAAAAAAUGAUUCAUUGCAAAACUCCAAAAACCC